GGCAGGCUGCUGCAGGCUGACCUGUUUGGCUGAGAGACUUUAUUAUUGCUUUUCACUGUAGAGUUCAUCGUCUCACUUUGGUCACGUUGUGUUCUCAUCACACUUGUUCUGCUCUUUUUUUGGAACUUCAGCUGUGACUUCACCCUCCAACUGAAGUAAGCGGAAUAGAGAGAAUACUCAGCAAUGCUAAGGUCCUGGAUAGUGUUCAUAUGGCUGGGUGGUACACUUUUAUCUGGAAAAAGCUCUCCACAUGAUGUAGCUGCAGAGUCACUUGAUUUAGAAGCAAAAGCAAAUCGGUUUGGAAUUGAUACCCGAAAAAUGCACAAUUUUGGUGUUUCAGCAACUUUAUCAACAGGUGAGGAAGGAGAGGAUGAUCCUAUCCAAAUGCAAUCAGAGCAGCUCCAGGACCUCCAAAUGCUGAAGGCAGACAGACAAAAAAGAGGAGCGUCGUGGUGGAAGAGGAAGCAUGCUGCCACAGUGGACUCCUUUGCAUAUAGAAUAGCAGGUAUAGGGAGACCCCUGGCGGGCUGGAGGAUGACCAAAAAGGGAGAAGACGCAAGCAGCACUUUAAUGGCUGUACUGAAGGAACUUCAUGCUGAGAAGAAGGAGUUGAUGGAUCAAAGGGGGAAAGCCCAGCAGGAGGAAGAAGAGGAGGAAGAUGACGAUGAUGAUGACGACGAUGAUGAUGAUGAUGAGGAGGAGGAAGAAGAUGAGGAGGAAGAAGAAGAAGAAGAAGAGGAGGAGGAAGAAGAGGAAGGGGAAGAAGAGGAGGAAGGAGCAGAAGAAGAGGAGAAGGAGGAAGAGGCAACUCAAGCUCCUAGCAGUGAGACAGAAACAAAUAGCAGCAGUCCCCAGGCUCAGUGUCAAACUGACAACAAUGAAAUAAGCUGCAGGGAUGUCGGCAUGACUCACCUGCCAAUCAUCCACAACCUGGAGGCCACCAAGCUGGACGUUGCAGGGAACAACAUCCGAAUAAUUCCAGCAGAAGUUUUCUCCGAGCUGCCAAAGUUGGAAACACUGGACCUUAGCAAAAACCAACUGAAUGAUGAUUCAUUCAGCCAAAAGCCACUUUAUAACUUGACCUCUCUGAAGAAGCUGAACUUAGAUGCCAACCAGCUCACAACGAUACCGGCACUGCCGCAGUCUCUUGAAGAACUGAGUGUGAACAACAACAAGCUUAGUGCCCUCUCCCCUCAUUGUUUCACAGGUAUGAUGAACCUGUUGAGCCUGGAGCUGGAAGAAAACAGUCUGCACGAGAGUGGUGUGUCACAUCAAGCUUUCAAACCACUCAAGAGGCUUCUCCACCUCAAGCUGGAGAACAACCACUUCCGUUCUCUCCCCAAGGGCCUUCCCCGCUCUCUGCAGACAUUAGAAAUGAAUGGGAACCUGAUAGAGGACGUGACAAGCGAGGCAAUGAGGGGCUUCACUCAUUUGAGAGUGAUGGACCUUAGUCACAACCUGCUGCACAAUGAAGGCCUUGCCCAACAUGCCUGGACACGGCUCAGAAGCCUGGAAGCCUUGGACCUGUCUUCCAAUCACCUGACAUCUGUGCCCCUGAAUCUGCCUCACCCUCUACGAAAACUGAACCUUCAACACAACAACAUAAGCCACAUCCCUGCCCUCACCUUUCGCCACAUGCGGCCCGGCCUACAGUCACUUUACCUGUCCCACAACACAUUGAGGAAUGAGGGGAUUGAGCGGGGGUCUUUUGUUGGAACGUACCGCUCGCUUGUUGAGCUCCUGAUGGACAACAACAUUCUGGGAGAGGUGCCUCGCUGGGUACGACAGUUUAAGAGGCUGCAGGUGCUGAGACUGGACAACAACCAUAUCAGGCGGGUGAGGCGGUGGGGGGUGUGUCACCCACUAAAUUCUGGCUCCACUUUGGCUUCUGUCCACUUGGAAAAUAACCUGCUGGUGGUAGAGAAGAUUCCCCCAAAUGCCUUCACGUGUCUCACGGAUGCACAGGGACUAGUACUCUAUCCUCAGCAGGGGGAUUCCCUCAGCAACUACACUUCAGCAUGACUUCACCACAAUUUGGUAGGAACUGUAGGUGGUCCUCGGGUUAUUGAGUUAUCAUUUCCCAUAAAUUAAUUAAAAACGUAAUUGUGGUUCAUAAACACUGGACUCGCUCGAGAACUAGUUUCAGCACACGCAGCGGAUGAAUAUGCGCUGUGUAGAUAACUGCUUAUUAAUUAACGUUUUGCACUUCAUUAUGUCAGGCAGUCGCUUCUGGUGGAAAUAUGCCACAGAAAAGAAAAGCCAUCACCAUGGAAGUGAAAAUGAACAUCGUAGCCCUGAGAGAGGAGAAACGCCCACCAAUAUUGGCCACACUGUUGCUAUUACAAUUUGGAUUAUCGCAACCAUCAUUAAGGAUAAAGAUGGUAUCCUUCAGCAUGUUAAAGAAUCUGCUCCUAUAAAGGCGACAGUGAUAACAGGUAGACUUAUUAUUGCUUAUUUGUUCUCCUGCUUCUUAUAUUUCCUCCUCACAAUAAGUCACAGAGUAAGGGUAUGGAGUUGUCCACUCUUUCUUAUUACUUUAAUUGUCGCAUUUAAUCUUUUCAUUAUUGUAUUUGAUAUGUCCUUUAUUUGUCCUGUGUACAGUGCUAGUGACUUAAGAAUUCAUUUAGGUAUAAUUUAGGUGUAAUAUCCGACUUACACUAAAACUAGACUUGCAUCACAGUGUAGGAGCGGAACUCGUACGUAACCCGAGGACCACCUUUAGUAUGAAAAGUUAAAUGCUCUACACUGUAAUCUGCUCAAGAGUGCAAUUGAAAAACAACCUCCCGCAACACAUUCAAAACAAACAUUCUUUGGGAAAUAUUUUGUUAUGAAAAUGUUGAGAUAUUUUCAAAAUAUGGGUUGUUUAUUAAAAUGUUUUAGCCUUUCAUUGACACAAUAUUAUUCUGUGGUAAAAUAUAAUACAAAUCAGAUACUGGAAUCAUGUUCAUACAGAGAUAAAUAUAAGCAUGCGUAGCCUUAUGUAUCUUAACCACCAUCAUUUACAUCACCACACAACGGUUGAAAUGAACUAUUGUGUUUACGUCAGCAGCCUUUUUAUGCGCUUCUGUGUAACGUUUUAAUGUGUAAAUAUUUAUACAUGUAAUGGAGAGCUAUCAAAUAUCUUACAUGCAAUAAUUAAGUACAGU